CUCUCUCUCCGACAGAAAAACCCUGCAAAUAGAUUCUGUCUCUCUCUCUCUCAAAAUGGAAGGGUUCGAGUCAGCAGAAAUGGAGGAUGCAAUUCCCGAGUUUACACUAAAGGAGAUUAUUGCCAUGGAGAGAUUAUUCAAGGAUGUGGGAGAAAAAUCUCUGAGCCAAGAAUUUUGUCAAGAGCUUGUGGACAGUUUUAGUCGAUCAAAGCAUCGAACUGGAAAACCUGCUAUACAAUGGGAACAGGUGCAAAGUUGGUUCCAAGAUAAACAGAAACAAAUUGCUGCUAAAGUCUUUACCUCUCCUGUUGCCAUUAAAGAAUUUAAUCAGCCUUCAGAUUGGGCCUUAAGAAUCAAUGUACCUGAAAGACUUAGAAAGACUAAAGCGGAGAGGGUUGCAGGUCUUUCAGAAUUGGCAUUUGAAGCUAAAUCAUUUAAGGAUUUUGCUUGGUACGACGUUGCUGCAUUCCUCAACUACAGAGUUAUUCAUACGGGCGAACUUGAAGUUCGUGUACGAUUUUCUGGAUUUAGUUAUGAUCAAGAUGAAUGGGUCAAUGUGAAAAGGGGAGUCCGUGAGCGUUCUAUUCCUUUAGAACCAUCAGAGUGCCAUCGCGUCAAGGUUGGAGAUCCUGUGCUGUGCUUCAGGGAAACUGAUGUUCGUGCCAUAUACUGUGAUGCAUACAUUGUUGAAAUCCAAAGGAGCACACAUGAAACACCGGACUGCCCAUGCAAAUUUGUGGUUCGUUAUACCUAUGAUAACGCUGAGGCUAAAGUUCCGUUGUCAAGUUUAUGUUGCAGGCCAGCAUGAUGGUGAUUUCCAGUCCUCUUGAAAUUCAGAAGUGCUAAUGAGAUGAGAAGCUAAAAUGAACUUAAUUUUCAUGCUCUAUUUUAAAUAAUGUGACUUGAGCCUUACAAGGAAAAUAUUGCAUGUUGAUCAUCGGGAAAUGUGAUUCUUCGAAGGGUAUUCAUCUUUGUAGAAUUCUCACCCGGGUUAGUCGAUUUGUUCGUAAGAUGGCCCGAACACCUGAGUUAUCAAAGAAAACCGAGUGUUUAUUCACUUAACCUUUUUAGUCUGUUUAAUGAAAGCCAUCCUGAUUAGUGGAGGAAUCACUCAAA